AUGCUGUUGCUCAUCUUUAUCAUGGUCCAUCCAGGAUCCUGUGCUCUCUGGGUGUUCCAGCCCCCGGAGAUUCGUACCCAGGAGGGCACCGCUGCCUUCUUACCCUGCUCCUUCAAUGCCAGCCGAGGGAAAUUGGCCAUUGGCUCUGUCACGUGGUACCGGGACAAGGUGGCCCCAGAGAAGGAAGUGAGGAAUGGGACCCCGGGGUUCAGGGGCCGCCUGGCCCCUCUUCCCUCUUCCCGUUUCCUCUAUGACCAUCAGGCCGAGCUGCACAUCUGGGACACCCAAGACUGUGAUGCUGGAGUCUACGUGUGCAGGGUGGAGGUGCUGGGCCUAGGUGUGGGGACGGGGAACGGGACUCUGCUGGUGGUGGAGAAAGGACCUCCUCGGCUAGGGGCCAGCACAGUCCUCCUCCUUCGGGCUGGAUUCUAUGCUUUCAGCUUUAUGUGUGUGGCCGUGGGCAGCAGCAUCUAUUACCAAGGCAAAUGCCUGGCCUGGAAAGGUCCAAGGAGUGAGCUUCCCGGUAACCGUGCCUGGAGCCCCCUCCCAUCAUCAUCCCAGGGCUCAGCAUCUCCACCUUUCUGGGGUACAGGAGGCUGA